UAGUCACUUUUUGCUUGGGCAAAGCUUCUCUUCUUUUCAUAUAUUGCAAGAAUGUCCAAGACCAAUAUGAAAUUCUGCAAUAGUUAUUUUCUGGUUGAUCCGACCAAAGCAAGUGUUUUUGAUCUCAUUCUUCUUUUGUUUUUCCCAAAUCUUAUCAGCGCAAGAUUCAUUGAUUCUCCACCGGAUACGCUCAAUAGCGCCCGGCGAAGUUUCGCGAGUCGAUGGAUGAUUGCAUUGGCCAUUUUUCUUCAGAAAGUAUUAUUAUUCAUAAGAACACCCUUGGCAUUCAUAGGUCGUAUAGUCACCUAUUGGCCCAAUCUUCUUACGGCAAAUGGAGGUUUCUUCAACUUGAUACUUAACCUUUUGACAGGAAAGUUGGUGAAGCCUGACGAAUCGUCCGCGACAUAUGCGUCGUUUCUGGGAUGCACAGAUCGAAGAGUAGAGCUUGACCAGAAGAUAGAAGUUGGCACGAUCGAAUACAAGUCGAUGUUAUCGAUGAUGGCUUCUAAGAUCGCUUAUGAGAACAAAUCUUUCAUCACUUCCGUGGUCGAAAACACUUGGAAGGCUCUUUGCUUUCGAGAGAUGAAUAUAUGAUCAUUAAGCUACAAAUAACAAAAGGAAGACUAUUCUCUAGCCAAGUAGCAUGCCACAAAAUUAAGAUAUGUCAAAACACAUGGCAACUUUUAUGGCAGUGGGAAAGCCAAUACAAUUUCUUCCUACAAUAUGUAAAGUCUAUGCCUCAUGAUCACAAUUAUGAACAACCAAAAUGUCGCCAAGGACCACAAUCCAUGGACUUUGUGGGUUACUACGACUGUUACAACGCGUUCCAAGAAAAAAAUCUGACACAAGCCUUUGUGUUCAAAGCAUCGGACACAAAUCCGAACCUCAUCGUCGUCAGCUUCAGAGGAACCGAACUUUUCAGCUCUGAUGAUUGGUGUACUGAUCUUGACAUCUCUUGGUAUGAAUUGAAGAACGUUGGCAAAGUUCACGCCGGGUUCUUGAGAGCUCUAGGCCUCCAACAAAAUGGAUGGCCCAAAGAAAAUAUAAGUCUCAUACACCAAUAUGCUUACUACACAAUUAGACAGAAACUUAGGGACAUGCUUGCCAGAGACAAGAACCUUAAGUUUAUUCUAACGGGUCAUAGUCUCGGGGGCGCAAUAGCUGCUCUGUUUCCUGCGAUUCUUGCAAUUCACGGUGAGGACGAGCUACUUGAUAAGCUAGAAGGAGUCUAUACAUUUGGACAGCCACGUAUAGGGGACGAGGAGUUUGGGGAGUAUAUGAAAGAAGUAAUGAAAAAGCAUGGGAUAGAGUAUGAAAGGUUUGUUUAUAACAAUGACAUGGUGACUAGAGUCCCCUUUGAUGACAAGAUUCUGUUCGGAUACAAGCACUAUGGAUCUUGCAAUUACUUCAACAGUCUCUACAAAGGAAAGGUAAGAGAAGAUGCUCCUAAUGCCAACUACAUAAGCAUGUUGUGGCUAAUUCCAAAGCUGUUGAGUGGUGUCUGGGAGUUUAUAAGGAGUUUCAUAAUAAGGUUUUGGAAAGGCAAUGAGUACAAAGAGAAUUGGACGAUGAGAACUGUUAGAAUUGUUGGGAUAAUAAUCCCUGGUGUAUCUGAUCAUUUCCCACUUGAUUAUGUCAAUUCCACGCGCUUGGGAGGCUUGGCUCGACCUGUUGCUACUACUACCCCCCAGGAUAAACUUUAUCUCAUUGCUUGAAAUAACAUGAUGACUCGUCCCACUCAAGUCAAGCAGAAUAAAGUCCAAGGUGUGUUGAAGAAACCCAAUUUCAGAUGUAUCGAAUAAGUUUUCAAACUAAAUAAAGGAUGAUUUCAUUUACUUGUUUUUAUUUUCCCUUACUUCCUUAAUUAGAGAAGGAAUACUCUUGAGUUGUUACUUAAGGUGUUGUUUUCCCUGUAAGAAUCGAAUGGUUCUAAUUUCUUUUCAUAGAAACAAAAACAAA